CCAAGUACAUCUUCGGACCUGAAGCAGACACUCACCUCAGGGGAUCGGAUGCCAUCAGACAGAUUGCAAAGGAAUGUGGAGCGAAGCAUCCAGAAACACUGUCCUCAACUAAGUUGAGAAAGCAUGUGUCCACACUGUCGACAGUCCUAAACCUGAGAGACAAUGAGAUGGACAUCCUCGCAAAUUUUCUAGGCCAUGAUAUCAGAGUCCAUAGGGAGUACUAUAGACUGCCUGAAGGAACACUUGAGUUGGCUAAAGUCAGCAAAGUGCUCAUUGCUCUAGAACAAGGCCGACUGUCAGACUUCAAGGGAAUGAGCCUCGAUCAAAUCCAAAUUAAUCCCAAUGAAGAAAUGCAGGAAGAUGUGGAAAGUGAUCUUUCAGAGACGGAUGCAUCAAAGGAGUCAUCUUUCAGCUCCUCAACAUCGAGAUCCCAAAGAUCGAGAAGUCAGCCAACCACUGAUGAGUUUGAUGAAGCACCCACAGGAUCCUCAACACCUAAGAGAAGAAAGGAGACAGGAUCUGACAUUGAUGACCCUAAAGAGGGUACUUCUCACACCCACCGCACACCCUGUUUUGCCUCAGGAACUUCAACAAAGGAAAAGGAGUCUGACACUGAUGCCACUAAAAUGGGACCACCAAGAUUCAAGCAAGGACAGUGGACCACAGAUGAGCCUGAUGGUGACCACACUACCGCAGGAACAUCAAAGAAGAGGACUUGGACAUCAGCUGAGGUCCAAGCUGUGGAAAAGACACUAAUGUCCUUCAUUGAGUCUGGUAAAGUACCAGGAAAGUCAGACUCGUUGCCUGUAUUGAGGCUUCACCGAAAGCACUUAAAAACAGAACCUGGACAGCGGUAA